CCGGCAGUGCAUCCCCAUCCCCCACUCGGCGCCCGUGUCUGUGGCGGAUCACAGUGUCUAGCUGGGCCCACUCAACGCAGCUCCAGCGCAGCCAGUCCGCACCGACCCGAAGCAGAGUCCACGCCAGAGAAAAAAACGAGCACAUCAGUUUCACAACCCACCGUGGAAUCUUGUUUUCUUCGAUAGAGUGACGCUGAUUUGCAUAUCCACUUCCACUCCUUCCUCAUUUGCAUACAGCAAGAAAUGGCGAGCGGGCAUCCCACAGACAAAUUCAGUUUCAUGUAUCAACCAGACACGCACAAGAGCAAAAACAGGUUGUCUUCAGCCAUGAAUCCAGUCUACAGCCCUGUCCAGCCUGGCACCCCCUAUGGAAACCCCAAAAACAUGGCCUUCACAGGCUAUCCAGGGGGUUAUCCUACUACGGCACCCACAUAUACGCCAAAUCUCUACCAAACAGGAAGUCCUGGGUAUCCACCUGGAUAUACUGCAGCGGGUACCCCUUACAAAGUGCCCCCCACUCAGUCAAAUGGAGCACCUCCGCCCUACACCCCAACCCCUACCCCAUACCCGACAGCUAUGUACCCCAUCCGCAGUGCCUACCCACAGCAGAACUUGUACACACAGGGUGCAUAUUACACCCAACCGGUGUAUGCAGCUCAGCCCCACGUGAUCCAUCACACCACCGUGGUGCAACCAAACAGCAUCCCCUCCACAGCCCUCUACCCGGCCCCAGUCCCUGUACCCGCUCCUCGUAACAACGGCAUGGCUGCCAUGGGGAUGGUAGCCGGGACAACCAUGGCCAUGAGUGCAGGGACCCUGCUGACAACGCCCCAGCACCCCCCUAUCGGAGCACACCCCGUUACUGUUCCCACCUACAGGCCCCAGGGGACACCUGGGUACAGCUACGUGCCACCCCACUGGUAGAGCCCACCCAUUAAUAUCUGGAGUCCACCAUCAUAUGCAACUGCUCCCGGUAACCAUGGGAACUCUGCACCAUGUCUGCAGAACAAAAACUAAAGUGCAACAGCCACUUUAAUAUCAUUCUCUAACAUUUUUACAAAAGCUGCUUUUGUUUUUCUCUGUUCAUUUGCCAACCAGUCAUUACCUUUUUUUUUUUUUUACUCCUGCUUUCUUUUGCUAGGUCUUUAAUUGGAACUCCAGAAGGGCGCUUGACCAGUGACGGGUUUUGGUCAACCCCUAUUUGUGUGUGUGCGUGUGUGUGUGUGUGUGUGGUCCUGCCUGCUGCUCAGUUGGCUGGAAACUAUUGCGCACUUAUUCCCUCAAUAUCAUCUCCAUCAGCCAUUGCAAAGACCUAUUGACUUAUGCUGCCAAAUUUUUUAACAACUAGAUAUCAGCACAGUUUUUACCAAUUUUAAUUCAGUUUUUUGCAAAUUGUUUUUUUUCUUUUUUCAUGCUUCUUUAUUUUGUUGCUAUUCACAUUCUCAUUUCCUUUUUUCACCAGCAGUUCCUUUUUAAUCAUUUUUGUCAUUUGCUUAAUUUCACUUUUAAUCCAACCUCACUUGUCUUCCGGCACGUCACUGUCUUGUUGUGAGUCUGUCUCUCUUGUCUCCACCACUUACUUCAUGCUACAUACUAUGCAGGUUAGUAUGUUUUGACACUGUUGAUAAAUAUAGCUCAAGAUCGUUUUUUGGGGUAGGGGAGUCAUGUUUUUUUUAUGUUAUAAGCGUAGGUCAAUAUUCACAAUAACGUGUGGUCGUGCAACACUCGCCACACACACUCGUCACUCGCACAGGGGCUCCUGCGGUCAGCAACAACACGACCACCUAGUGGCACUUACUGUACAGUCCUGCUAGUUCUAAUGUUAUUGAUCAACAACACAAUAAAAUCAAAUGUUUGGUUUUUUUAGUCAUAGAAUGCGAAUAAAGGAGUUAAAAGGGAUUGUGUUGGUUGAUGAUACAGUUCAUUCAUCAAUAGUGUGGUCUCGUUACAUCAUCCAGACGAGGACCAAUAACCAAACACUCCUUUAAACUGUAACAUAAACGGGCAUUCAAAGGAAAGCAUUCACAGUUGACUGCUUUUUUUUUUUUUUUUACACAGAUUUACAGUGCGUUUUUAUUUGUUCAAUUGGCUGAAAAGUGACACAAAAAAGUGUAAUUCAGACCGUUUUAAAUUAUGACCAAAAGUAGUGUUUUUCUUUGUACAAGCACAUCCGUGCUAGAAGGUACCAGAAUCCUUUAGAGUGGUGCAAAAGAUUGCCUUUUCCUCAAGGAUAUUCAUACUUCUAAUAAUAAUAACCACGAAAAAAGGCCUAGAUAUUUGCCAUCUUCCUACUUUUCCAACUAAAACUCACUUAAAACACCAAAUUUGGCCAUUGCAUGGGUGAUUUUGCCUUUAGUUUUUCUGCUUUUAAGUGAAUGAUGGAAAUCAGUGCUGCUGUAAAAUGAAAACAAAGUACAACAUGUGGGAAAAGUAAAAAAAAAAAAAAGUGAUAUCUCACUUGCUUUUCAUUGGACACUAACACUUACACAAUCUUUAUUUUACGAAGCUUUAGCCAGUGUUUGGUCAUUGGUUCUUGGCUUGAGGACAGACGGGGGAAGGCGCUAAAAUUCAGAUCCGUGGCUUUUUCAGUAAUGACUGGGGGGUAAAAAAAAGAUGGGGGCGACUUUGUAAACAUUUACAGAGGUAUGUCGACGAGGAGGCUUGAUAUUGCAAUAAAAUAUGAGGGAAUGCCUCAAACUGUCUCUAAAAAAAAAAAAAAUCCAGGCUCUAUAAGCAGCCUUAAUAACGACUAUUACAUGUAAGAAGAGUAAAACAUAUCAACAAUUUGGAUAUUGAAUAACUUUGUGAGGAACUAUUGUACAAAAUGAAACAAAAAUGCAUAAGUUGAUGAUUAUAAUUUAAUGCUAAGUAAGUAACCAGGUACUUAGGCUUUUUAGUGCAAGAGUGAGGAAGACGCUAUUUAUAUUGUAAUUAAAAAUAAACACAAAGUGGAGUGUUUGAGGUAUUCUUAGUCCACACGUUUGUAUACCAGAGCGUUAAUGCUCAAGAAAUAUUGCAUAAAGCUGCUGUCGGAUGAAAACCAUAUCUAUUGUUGUUUCUAUUUUUUUCUUUUUUUAAGUUUAUGUGCCUGAAUUUCAAGCAAAAACAAAAAAUAGAUUUUUCUUGUGACAGCAGUAAUGUCAUUAGUCUUAAGGAUUUAUUUAACCUACAGUAUUUCUCAAUUAAACUUAUUUUGUUUGGUCAAUUCAGCACAAUGGGUAUGCAUAAUAUUCAGGUGUUUAACUAUCGCAUCAGAUCACUUAAGUUUAAAAAAAAAGCAGUAUAUUUAUACAGCAAGUGGUACAGUAAUGUAUUUCUAGCUAAGCAUGGUUGCAUCAGUGUGGCAGCUACUGUUUGUGCUUUAGGUAUUUGAUUUGAGCUCCUCCUUUUUAAGUGCAUUUGUCCUUUUACAUAACCUGACUGAGGCAAAGUGGGGAGGGGGUGCACGUUUGGGAGACGAUGGAGGUGAGGGUUCACACUUUUGGGAACCUCCCGAGAUGCUUCGUUUGGUUACUAGACCUCGACUGAGUGGCUUGAAUGAGCAUGUUUAGUUGAUGAUUGUCUCCUUUGUGCCAUACUUCACUGUUGUUCAGUAGCUUUUUAUUCUCCGAAGUAACCAGUGAACUCUGUUAUUAUUAAGUCUUGCUUCCUGUGAAUCUUGUUUUUGUACGACUGUCUUCUUUUCUCACACUGUUUGAUUGCAUAAUUGCCUGUCCGAUUUUUAUCCUGUCUUACUGUUUUCCUCUUGUCUAUUCCAAUUUUUGUCCGUGCCACCCUUUACCUCUUUAAAUAUAUUUUUCUUCUCUUUUGCAUAAUGCAGAAUCCUUCCAUGACCACCCUUUAUUUUUUUUGUUUAACUUUUCAUUCGAACCCUCGCCUCUGAAAUUGUCCCAUUUUUAGUCCCAAAUUUUGCAAUUCUCACUACUAAUUUACAGAGUAUUAGGGUCACAUUGAAAAGGAAAAAAAAAGUACUGCUAAUAUUAUCCAAAACAUCUAUGUCACAAGAAGACAAUAUUGUACUAAUAAGUCAGAAUAAUACCUUCUUAAAUGGAAUCUUUUUAACUAUUGUUAUAUUACCUGCUUCUACUUGCUGGCGAAUGUUGACACUAAAAUGUAAGAAAAAUGUAAGAAUUUAUAUAAUUCUACUCGUUUUCAGUGUAGCCCUAAUACACAUUAAUGUUUGGCCGUUUUUAAUAAUUACAUCACUGAGCCAAUAAAAAAACAGCAAAUGUUAAGAAAUGAUUGGAUACAGUGAGCCAAAAUGAUGUACAGUGGAACCUCUGGUAGGGUCAUUCAUUCGUUCCAGAAGGUCGGACUCAAAUCAAAACUACGUAAAAUAUUUUUUCCCCAUAGGAAAGCAACAAAAAACACCUUUUUAUUGCUUAGGACUGAUCGUUAUUUUGCAGCCCAGAUCAGUGACAAAAUCUGCGACUUGUGGUGUAACUGUAUUAGUUAGCAAAGAACUACAUUUCGGUCAACCACUAACCAAAAUAGUUUUUCCCCAUAGGAAAGCAACAAAAAACACCUUUUUAUAGCUUAGGACUGAUAGUUAUUUUGCAGCCCCGAUCAGUGAGAAAAUCUGCGACUUGUGGUGUAACUGUAUUAGUUAGCAAAGAACUACAUUUCGGUCAACGACUGAUGGCGGCCUAGCUGGGGACGCUACCGGUUGCAGUUUCCGUGUAAACAGGGAUGUUUUAUGAUAAAAAUAGCUUAGGAACACAAUUAUAUAUACAACACGACACAACUUGCGCCAUAUUGUAUGAGAACAAAGGUAAAAUUUUUGACGUAAACGGAAAAAUACUCUAACAGAGGUUCCACUGUAUUAACAAAUGAAUGUCUUGUGAGCAUUUGAACAGAUGAACCUUUGGAGCACUGAGAGAAUUGUUUUUAAGACGCUCUACAAUACAUUGUACUGUAUAUUGUGCUUAUACGUUCUUCUUAUUGGGGAACAUUGUUUUACGGGAAGGCAGACCUGCUUGGCUGUUUUUUUUGGACAAUUAGAGAAAACAAUUAGCACAAAGCAGGCGGCUUUCCUUCAUUUGACUCCAUUCCUUGCCUCUCGAUUUCAAUUUGCACUUAAAGUAGAAAUGGACAGUUGAACACUUGGAUGUGUUAACUCUCUUUGGCAUUGUACUUAUGCGGGAAAGGGAGCCCCCCCCCCCCCCCCCCCCCCCCCGGCAUAUAUUUUAUGCUCUUUUUCACUGUUUUUUUUUCCCAGUGAAAAUGCGACCAAAAUAUUCAUAGCGCCUCUUUUUCUUCUUCCAUUCUUCCAUUUUCAACCACCCCCUUCCUUCCUUUUCUUUGCCGUUACUAAGUCUUAUAUUAUUUUUUAAUAAAAAAAAAAAAAAGAAAACACUACUAUCACAAUGAAUAGUAGGCUCUAAAUUGUAUUUGAUGUUCUGCUGCAGUUUUUUUUUUCCGACUAUGUCAGCGAUAACUCUUGGUUCAAUUUGACACUAAGUGUGAUGCAAAAAGUGGAAAUUCCUUGUCUUCCAAAAAAAAAAAAAAAAUACAAGCAAGCAAGAAAGAAAGCAUACUUGCAUCCAAUCCGUCUCGGAUCGAGUAUUAGGAACAACCCAACUUUUGGAAGUUUUAGUUUGGUACCCAGUUUGCACAUGCUAUGGUAUUUACCGUAAGGUUGUGUUUUGGAAACCGAAGCCCAACGUCUGUUCAGCGUUGAUAGAAGUGAAUUGUUUGUUAGCUAUUUGGUCCAGAGUGAAGGACCUGUGUCAGGCUUGUGAUAUGAAGUGUAAAUCUGUUUUAUUUUUUUUUUUUUAUGUUUUUUUAUGUUGAGGUUAUUUUUUUUGUAAGAUCAGUUAGUGAUCUUAGUACUAUAACUAAGCCAAGUUUGUAAUUGUAUAUUUACUGUAAAAUGUAGAACAUUGAAUAAUUAUUAAAAUUUUCCUAUAAAAGGAAAA